UGGGUUCCGAGCGCCAAAUGGCGUUGGAAGUUGCGCAAGUGGGCGCUCGGGAAGUGUCGCAAGUUCCUGUGCGCUUGCGAGUUGCGACGCCCGUUGCCCGCUGACGGCACACGACACGCGCCCGCCGACGUCUCCCUCUCGUGGCGGCGAGGAGUCCUGCACGCCGAAGGACUGAAGAUGGGGCGCGUGUGCAGAUCCGGUAGCGAGGAUGAAGACCAGCACGUGUGUCAAAUGGCGUUGUCCCCCUCGUUGCCGCGGCGCCCCCCGGUGUCCGAAAGGCGUCUGCGAGGUUUCCACGGCGACGCCAUCACCCGCCAAUCAGCUCACCCCGCCCACUGCUUUGAGUCCGCACCCGAGUCCCGAAUCGGAGGACUCCGGACCGCCGUCGGACCGACCGAAGCUGGGGGCUAAUCUUUCAGCGGGAGCGGCAAAGACGACUUUUCUCAGUCUGCGUGAGGCUCAGGCCGUCCUGAUGAAGAAGACGGCGGCAGGAAGAAGAGACAAGAUGGCCGCCAUCCUGAUGAAGCACAUCGAGAAGGAAAAGAAGAAGCUCGAAGUCCACAAGUCGUUCUCCCGCGACGGCGACGUCGCCGUAGGCGCCGACGCCGUCGCAGUUGUGUGUCGUCUGCUGUGUAAGAACGGAGGUGUGUGUCUGCUGAAGGAUCGAUGCCUGUGCCCCUCCAACUUUACCGGAAAGUUCUGCCAGAUCCCCGUCUUGUCUCAGCCCUCCUCGCGAGCCACGCCCUCCUCGUCGGCGCCCAAUGAGAUCGUCAAGCCUCCCCGCCUGUCUGACAUAGCGGCCAAUGCGGAUCUGACCCGGUCUGAGUUUCUCCUGCCGCUGCGGGGUCAAAGCCAAGACUUACCAGGGGGAAGCCUUGGAGCAUCCCUGGUGAAGGUGAGCGUUCAGCACCCCCCCGAGGCCAGCGUGAAGGUUCACCAGGUGAUGAAGGUGUCGGGAUUCGUGCCCGCGCCGCGCCCGCUGUCGUCCGGCACGCUGUCCGGGUCCGCGGGGGCUCCGGCGCCGGCGCUUCGAGGCGACCGCGUUUAUGCCCAACAUGCCGGCUUCAAGUACUGCUUCAGGGAGGUCAAAGACGGACAGUGCAGUUCUCCUCUGUCGGGCCUGAGGAGCAAAGAGAUGUGCUGCCGAGGUCUGGGAAAGGCGUGGGGCUCCGCCGACUGCGCCCUUUGCCCUCCGCACGCAGCAGGUCCAAACAACAACAGCUGUCCCGUUGGCUUUCAACCAGGCAACGGAACAAAAUGCCUCGAUGUGAACGAGUGCCUGCAGCCUGGCCUUUGUGAGAACGGCCUGUGUGUGAACACGGCGGGGAGCUUCAGUUGCGUUUGCAAGCACGGCUUCAUCCUGGAUGCCUCGCACGGACUCUGCAUCUCCCAGAGCGUGAUAUCAGAGGAGAAGGGCCAGUGCCACCGGGCCCUGGGUUCGGGUCUGGGCCCGUCCUCUUGCUCGCUGCCCAUCCUCAGGAACAUCACCAAGCAGAUCUGCUGCUGCAGCCGGGUUGGCAAGGCCUGGGGACCCCGAUGCCAGCGAUGCCCCUACUUCGGCUCGGUGGGUUUCAAGGAGAUCUGUCCUGCCGGUCCGGGCUACCAUUACUCCGCCUCCACCCUGCAGUUCAACCAGAGAGCUUCUGAUCAACUUGACACCCAAGGAGCUCAGCUGGUAACCAACGGCGACAAGCAGCAUCAGGAUACUACUACUAUAGAUGCUACUUCUUAUGGCGCCACCAGGUUUCAGCAGAAACCCUCCGCCAGCUUACCCAGUCUGCCUCCACCUCGCCUGGCUGUCAGCCCGCCACCGUCGAGACCUGUUAACCCUGGCAACACUAACCGGCAUGAACCUCAAACUCCCGACAGGACCGCAUUCCAACCAAACCGCCCCAGACCGACCGCGUAUUCUGUCAGACUGCCACCACAAUCCAGCGGGAGUCAAGGAAUCAGUCACGACCGAGGAAACCUUGGGACUCAGGACACAAGUCAGAGCCGAGCCACGAGCAGGAGCCAGGGGACCAGCCAUCACCAAGGCAUCAUCAGGAACCAAAGCUCAAGUCAGAACCAAAACACUAGCAGAAGCCAAAGCUCAAGUCAGAAACAAGACACUAGCAGGAGCCAAGGCACCAACCAGAACCAAGGCACCAACCAGAACCAAGGCACUAGCCGGAACCCAGGCAUUAUUGGGAGUCAAGACACUACCAGGAACCAAGGAACCAGUCAAAACCUAGGCACCAGCCAGAACCAAGGUAAUGCCAAGAGCCAGGGCUCAAGUCAGAACCAAGACACUAGCAGGAAUCAAGGCACCAGCCAGAUCCAAGGCACCUCCAGGAACCAAGGCUCAAUUCAGAACCAAGGAACCGGCAGGAACCAAAGCUCUGGUGACAGACAAGACAGUACCAGGAACCAAGGCACGAGCCAGAACCAAUAUACUAGCAGGAAUCAAGGCACCACCCAGAACCGAGGCAUGACCAGAAACCAAGGCUCAAGUCAGAACCAACGCACUACCCAGAACCAAGACACUGUCAGAAACCAAGGAACGAGUCAGAACCAAGGGAUUAGCAGAAACCAAAUCCCCAAUGGGAGUCAGGUCAACAGUGGGAGCCAAGUCAAAAGAGUUGAUCAAGGUACCAGAAGCAGCCAAAUCUCCAGUGGAAGUCAAGGCACCAAUCAAAACCAAGGUCACAGUCAGAACCAAGGUAACAAUCAGAAUCAAGGCAGUGGCAGAAGCCAAGUCACCAACCAGAACCAAGGCUCCAGCAGGAACCAAGGCAGAGGUAGGAGUGAAGGUUCUACUCAGAACCAAGAAAGAAGCGGGAGUCACAGGACCAGCCAAACCCAAGGCACAGAUGAGAGUCGAGGUCUUCUGCCAGGAAGAGGAGACUCCUUCCCAGAACCGGCGACAGGGAUCCCCGAGCGAGAUUCGAGGCCCGGCGGAGAUCUCCCACCUCCCAAGAGGCCGCAGACUACCACACGGCCACCUCGAGUCCAGCGUAAGUCCUCUAAACACCAGGGACUGUCUGAAUCACAACAACAAUGCUAUGAUUUCUUAGACAAGGUCUUUUUUUCACAUUUGUGUGUGUGCGUGUGUGUGCAUGUGCGUGUGCGUGUAGAUGUGAACGAGUGUGUCGCGUCUCGAGGUGUGUGUGCUCCAGGUGAAUGUGUGAACAGUGCAGGCAGCUACCGUUGUAUUUGUCCACCCGGAUACAAGACUAACCCUCGGAAGACCAGCUGUGAAGACGUAGAUGAGUGUGAGGAUCCACUGCUGUGUCCCGGUCAGGAAUGCGUCAACAGUCCUGGGUCGUAUCGCUGCGUCUCCUGUCAGCCCGGAUUCGGACUUCUGAAUGGACUGUGCACAGACAUCAACGAGUGUGUUCAAGCGCCGUGCUCCAACGGGGAGUGUGAAAACACAUCCGGAAGCUUCCGAUGCCUCUGUCGCCACGGUUACAAGCUCAAAAACAACACCUGUGCAGACGUGAAUGAGUGUGCGGAUCCGUCUCAGUGUCCCGGUCGGAUGUGUGUCAACUCUGUGGGCUCGUAUCGUUGUGUGUCCUGUCGCCCGGGAUACAUGCUGACCGACAAACAUUGCACAGAUGUGAACGAGUGUGAGGAUGGCGCAGUGUGUCCUGGCGGGCAGUGUGUCAACACUAAGGGCUCCUACAAGUGUGUGGACUGUCGCCAAGGUUACCGAGCCGUGAAUGGAGUGUGUGAAGACGUGGAUGAGUGUGGAAGUACGUCCGCGUGCGAGGCUGCGCGCGUGUGCGUCAACACCGUCGGCUCGUUCCGGUGCGACUGUCUACCGGGGUAUCGAACCUUUGGCCGGGGGCGACCGUGCAGAGACAUUAACGAGUGCUUGGAGGAGAACUGGUGCCCCGCCACAGGAGAGUGCGUCAACACACCGGGAUCGUACAAGUGUGUGUGUCCUCAAGGUUACACGCUCGGCGGCGGCGACGACAACAAGACGUGUGUCGACGUGAACGAGUGCGCGAGGUCCAACGUGUGCGCGGACGGCGACUGUGUCAACACCGAAGGUUCCUUCACGUGCAGAUGUCGGCGUGGAUUCACCAACAACCCGGAGAGCAACGCCUGCCUCGACGUGGACGAGUGCGUGUCGUCCGGCGGUUCCGUUUGCCGAGAAUCCGAGCGGUGCGAGAACACCGUCGGCUCGUACCGCUGCCUCACUUCCUGUCGGCCGGGACACCGGGCCUCGGCCACCGGACGCUGCGACGACGUGGACGAGUGCGAGAACGGAUCGGCGUGCGGCCGGCACGCCGUCUGUCAGAACCUCAUCGGAACGUACGCCUGCGUGUGCGACCGAGGCUUCGCCUCCGCACCGGAUGGGAACUUCUGUGUGGACGAGGACGAGUGCGUGUCCGUGCCGGGCGCGUGCGGUUCCGCUCGCUGCCGCAACCUGGACGGAUCGUUCGUGUGCGAGUGCGACACGCCGGGAGAACGCUUUCACACGGACACGAGGCGGUGUGUGAGCGCACUCACGCCAGCGGAGACUUCCCCCAUCCGGUCUCCGUCGUCGUCCUCCUUCCACGCGGGCGCCUUGCCGCCGCCGCCGCCGCCCCUCCCGGCACCCCGUCCCGGCGAGCUCAGGGACUGCUACUACAACCUGGACUCCUCGUGUAGCCUCCUGGCUGCCAACAGCAGCCGGCAGGAGUGCUGCUGCACGCUGGGCGAGGGCUGGGGCCUGGGCUGCGUCUACCAGGCCUGCCCCCCCGCCCGCGAAGCCGAGUUCCUGUCGCUGUGUCCCAGCGGGAGAGGAUACGUGACCGCCGCGGCGGCGACCUUCAGCUACACAGAUGUGGACGAGUGUAAGCGCUUCCAUCCUCAGGUGUGCAAGAACGGCGUUUGCGUCAACAUCAUUCCGGGAUAUCACUGUUACUGCGCCAGCGGUUUCGUUUACAGCGCCGCGCUGCUCGAGUGUGUCGACGUGGACGAGUGCGAGGCGGAGAGCUGCGCGGGAGGCUCGUGCGUCAACACGGCGGGUUCGUAUUAUUGCAGCUGCCCGCCGCCUCUCGUGCUGGACCAGACGCAGCAGAACUGCGUCAACUCCUCCCACCUCAGCCCGGAUGAGAACUUGUCGGUGUGCUGGCAGACGGUGAGCGCCGAGCUGAUGUGUCAGAGUCCCCUGUUGGGGGCGCGAGUCACCUUCAGCGACUGCUGCUGUCUCUACGGCCAGGGCUGGGGCAUGGAGUGCGCGCUGUGCCCGCAAACCGACUCGGAGGACUUCAGCAGCCUGUGCAGCACGUUCCCUCCUGCCGUCUUCCCGGACUCGCCUGGACUGGAACCGCUCGGACCGCAAAGAGGCGGAGGUCCCCCCUUCUUCUCCCCGUUCAGCAGCGACGCGUUGCCCCGUGACGUUCUCCCCGCCUCCGACUACGACGACUUCUCUCCAGUCGGAGGCGACGGGGCGCCGCCGUACGCCUUCGGCCCGCCGGACGACGCGUACCGGGGAGCCGGGCGCUUUGAUGGCGAUUAUUACUCGGAGAGAGACUACGACGGGUCUUGGCCGCGGCCGCCCGUCCCCCGGCCGGACACGCCCCCUCUCAGCUUGGCAACGCCUCCGAGAGGAUCUCCUUACGAGGAGGAGGAGGAGGAGGAGGAGGACUCUUGGGGACCCGGACCACCGUUCUCCCCUUACGCAGGGGCCAACCCCAGGAGACUCUAUGAGCGGCGCUAUGCGGCGUACGCCGGCCUGAGCGCGGCAGAGGAUUGCGGGAUACUCGACGGCUGCCGGAACGGGACGUGCAUCCGCACGGACGAGGGCUACACCUGCGACUGUUACCCUGGUUACCAGCUGGACACAACUACUGUGACGUGCAUCGACGUGAACGAGUGCGACGUCGGCGCGGACGUGGACUUCCCGUGCGUCAACUCGCGCUGCGUCAACACGGACGGUUCGUUCCGAUGCGUGUGUCAGCGCGGCUACGUCACGUCGCGCAGGCUCAACCACUGCGUGCUCGCCUAGACCGGACCCGCCGAGACCGGAGCGGAGAUUCAAGUCAACCUGAGCUGGGCUUGAACGCCGACCAAACCAGCUGAAGGACUCCGAGCAAAGUUUGAACUUGAACCGGAGUUCGCCGUCGGCAUUUCUGUUCGCCCAGUUUAGACGUUAAUUGAAGCAGAGUUAGCUUUAUUUAGCAUUGUUUGCGUUGUUGUUGUUGUUGUUUUUUUCAACCACGACACUAAAUUAGCACCAAAGAUGAAUCGGCAAAUGCGCGUUUUUCAAUUCAGUUUGUCAAUUUGUGACACCAAAAGCCCGCCUGAAAUGAUGGAUACGUUUCCACGAUGGCCUAAUUGUGUAAGAGCAAACGUUUCAAAGUUCAUUUUUCACUUGAUUCGAAGACGACGAAAAAAUCGUCUCGUGGUUAGCGACAUUAUUUUUUUUAGCAAUAUACGUUUAUACACUCAAUCAGCUGUUUUCUCACAUUAAUGACAUAAUUCAACAAACGCUUUUUGGUUGGUUUGUAUUUUUUAGUAUCUUUUUAUUACUUUAAAUACGAGUGUGUGUGUGUGUGUGUGUGUGUGUUUUGUGCGGGAACCUAAAGACAACAGCGUCCAUACUGUAAAUAUUUCAAAUUCACAAAUCAGAUCCUCUCAGUGUUUCAUUGUGAGUAUUCAUUUGAAAAAAUGUUGUGCACUAUAAUAAGCGCCGGUAUGUUCAUCUGAGCUACUUUAUUGUAUAUUGUUUAUAUGACAAGAAAAGAUAUUUGCACACAGGUAAACAA